CUUAAAAAGUUUGCAGGUAUAAAGACUCCAGACUAAUCUGAACAUCACACACUAACAGAGCUACAGAAGAACACAACAUGAAUCUUUUCCUUCUGCUGCUUGCGUUGGGACUCACAGGAGCGUCUCCCCUGGGGGACUCCAAGGUGUGCCACCCUCACUCCAGACCCUGGCAGGUCUAUCUGCAUGGCGGAGGAGUAUCCUGCAGUGGAGCUCUUAUCGACACAUUUUGGAUAGUAACCUCUUUUAACUGUGCACCCACAUCCUACAGCACCAUCGCAUCUCUUGGGGAACAUGACGUGACUGUGGAAGAGGGCACCGAGCAGCACAUCUACGUUGCUGACGUCAUCCGUCACAGUCCCUACCGCUCGUCCCUCCACAGCCUCACGAUGGUCCGUCUGGCCGAACCCGCCCGCUUCACCCAGCACGUCCAGCCCAUCCCUCUGCCUAGCCGCUGCCCACAGCCUGGAGAGACCUGCCAUGUCAGCGGCUGGGGAUCCACCAUCCCAAAUCAAUAUGAGCGUUCUCAACGCCUGAAGUGUAUAACUGUACCAAUUGUGGAUGACCAGACUUGCGUGAACACGUUCCCUGAGUUCCUGUUCUGGAGCAUGGGCAUGGUCUGCGCUGGACAAGCAAACACAGAUAACUGCAUGCAUGAUGGUGGCAGUGUGAUGGUGUGUGAUGGCCAGCUGCAGGGUGUGCAGUGGUACAGUCACGGCUGCAGAAACCCAGCUGACCCCAGCGUCUACACCAAGCUGUGCAUGUACAAUGACUGGAUCCACGAUGUGAUGGACCGCUACACUCCCACUCUGCCAACUGAAACCACUCCAGUGAUGACGUGAGGCAGCUGAGAGACGUGUUCACAAAAUAAAUGUAACUACUAUUACAUACUGUAUAUAAGAUACCUACUGACCUCUUUACUGGGAAGGUUCAGUGUUGUGGAAACUAUACUUAAACCCAAAGUUUAGGGGUUCUGUUUAUGAAGGUAUUCAUAAACAUUAUGGAGUACGCUCAGCUACAAAAGAAAAUCUGUAUGCAAACUCAAAAUUGUAGAUAUUAACAACAAUAAAAUAAAAUGUCAUGUGUUCCGACA